AUGAGAUACACCUGGACUAUACAGGGCAAUGCUGACAGUUAUAUUCUCCUUGAUAUUUCAGACAUAGGAGAAGAUUCCCAGUAUGGUUACUUAAGAAUAUACGACGGACCCACAACAUUUUCACCGAUGUUUGGAAAUUUCUGCUCGUCAGUACCACCAGGGUUAAUGGUCUCAACAGGAAACUCUAUGUUCAUCGUGCUCAAACAGCAUGGUCCCAAUACAUAUAAAGGCUUUUUCGGAAAUUAUGAGAUACGGGGUAGCAAUGUCUAUUUGAACGAGUCUCAAGGUAAUUUCACAAGCCCUCAGUAUCCGCUAGGUAGCACUGACAACAUGCUGUACAACUGGACUAUACUAGCUGAUAUAGAUAGUUACAUUAUUCUUCAUGCUACCAGGAUUAAUGGCAUCAACGGGAAACUCAAUGUUCGUCAUGUUAAACACUAG